UCUCUCUCUCUCUCUCUCACUCUCUCUCUCUCUCUCUUAAAAAGAGUAUAUUUUUAUAUUUGGAAAGCCUGUGCAAGAGUAAUUGCACACCGCUCGGUGGUCUCUAAAUUCUUUCCGUAUAAAUUCAUUGGUCUUCUGAGCCCUUCAUCAUAUUCUUCUUUGGCUUUGUUUUUUUCUAGAGUGAGAGAGAGAGAGAGAGACGCGUAGCUAGGGGUCAUAGAAAAAAAGGAAAAAAAAAAAAAAAAAAGAAGAAGAAGAAAAUCAUGACUGGGGUUUCGGGAGAUGAAAGCGUUACUCUCCAUCUUCUGAAGGGGAAAAUGGCCGAAUUUGCCAAGGAAAGAGACUGGGACCAGUUCCACAGCCCCAGAAACCUCCUUUUGGCUCUGGUGGGGGAAGUGGGAGAACUUUCAGAGAUAUUCCAAUGGAAAGGAGAGGUACCAAAGGGGCUUCCUGAUUGGAAAGAAGAGGAAAAGGUACACCUGGGUGAAGAGCUUUCAGAUGUUCUCCUUUAUCUCGUCAGGCUUUCUGACAUUUGUGGCGUUGAUCUCGGCAAAGCUGCUCUUCGUAAGGUUGAGCUUAAUGCCAUUAAAUACCCUGCUUCUUCCAAACAACUAAACACCAAUACCGAUACCACCAUAAUUAACGCCACUGAUCAGAGCGCCUAAUCAAAUAUAUAUAUAUAUAUAUAUAUAUAAUACUUUAUUUGUUUUUGAAACUCACCCACCAGUACUCUUCUAGCUAGUCUCUCCUUUUGAUUUCUUCGCUGAGCAGUACACACUACUUGAUCAUAUCUUGUGUAUUAUUAUUAUUACUAGGACUAGCUAGUUUUCUUUUUAAAUGUCGUUGCAUAUGAUUGAGACUGGUGUUAGAGCUGUGUAUGGUUUUUGAAUGGAUGUAUGAACUAUGAAGUCACUCUUUGGCUGGUGGGAAUUAAUUAGGGGAUGUUUGUUUCA